AUGGGCAAGCGCUGGCACUUCGAUCGGGACGAAGACGAGUGGUACUGCGAAAGCUGCGAGCGAUGGUUUUGCAAUAAAGAUGCCAUCCUUCAGCACCUCAACAACUCAAACUCGCACAACUUCUGCAACGACUGCGAACGCGAUUUCCAAUUGUACUCAGGUCUGCGGUCGCAUUGGAUCCAGUCGAAUUCGCAUCAUUUCUGCACGGUAUGCAAUACCGAUUUCGACGACGAUGACGAACUCGAAGAGCAUCAUCAACACGAGCACUACUGGUGCAAGUUUUGCGACGAUACCGGUUUCGAGGAUGAGACCGACCUCGAAGAGCAUCAGCGAGAAGAGCACUACCGUUGCGAUGCAUGCGAUGAAGCUUUUGAGACUUUCACGGAAAUGCAGCAGCAUUGGGAGGACUCCCACUGGUACUGCAGAGCCUGCGAUAAGCACUUCAACAAUGAGAACAAUCUCAAGGCUCACCUAAACUCCUCUAAACACAAACCGAAGACGAUCGAGUGUCCCUUCAAGGGUCUCAAAAAGGGUUGCAAGCAGACGUUCAUCUCUCUAUCCGCCGUCGCUCUCCACUUGGAGGCAGGGAAAUGCCCCAGCGGCGCCGCCCGUCGCAUGAUAGACGAGUGGAUGGUCAAGAAUGAUACGAAGCAUCUAAUCACGAACCCUCGUUUGAGGAUCACAGACGGCUCCUACACCCCACCUCCCAAGUAUAAAGCAACACCGCGUGCCUGGAACGGUACCGCGUACGAAUGCUACUUCUGCAACGCGACUUUCACAACCAUACCGCAACUGGACCAGCAUCUUGAAUCGCCAAAGCACGCCAGCGGCACCGUCAAUGGCGAGAAGAUCUACCGCUGCCCCAAUAUAUCGUGUCGUACGGAGUUCAGCACACUUAGCGGUGCCGUGCAACAUAUCGAGUUCGGCAGCUGCGGGAUCCGUAAGAUGAAGGGUGUGGAACGUGCUAUUGAUGCUUUCGUGGAGGGAUUCAGGAAGCGCUUAACACUUUAAAGCGGCAACACAAAGCCAUACAUGCGAUCCAAUGUUUAUUUGACUAUACCAACAAC